AUGCCUGUGGAAAGAGCUUCUCGACUAACAGCCACCUGCGCCGACACGAGGCACUUCACAGCGGCAGGAAAUCGGCAGUUUGUCCCUUCUGCAAUUUGCAGUUCUCCAGACUUGACACCGCUCGCCGGCAUGUCAAGAGAUGUUCCCCUGACGGCGUUGAAUCCCCAGCCACAGAGCCCUCCCGAACAGAACCCUCCAGACGUGGCAAGCUACCCCAGGCUUGCGACGUCUGCGCACAACCGACGCAUCUUCCCUGAUCCCAUACCGCUCAAUGAUCCACCUUUAGAAGACCCUAGCCCAGCUGGAAAUGUGGAGGCAGGUUCAGAUGCCACACGAGGAAAAAUCCCUAUUCAGUUUCUGCUGUCUUUUACCACACCGGCAGAGCAUGAGGCGACCACAGCCAUAAUCUCUGCUAGUAGGGACCAGCUCAUCGAACAAGCUGCAAGCACUCACCUGGUAUCUUCAAGUACAUCGGAAUUUAAUUUCAGGGCUUACGACGCUCUCUUCUGGGACCAAGAGGAUUGGACGCCCGAUUUCGUCCACUACUUGAAUCAAGAAUUCCACGAUGAUACACAUCGAAACAGAAAAUCUUCUACUCAAGGUCAAGCAAGUUCAGUUAUAGAAAUUCGGCUAGCGCACAUGUGUCAACAGCUGGCUUCCACCCAGAGAAUAUUGCUCGCGGAAAAUCCGGACUAUCAUGAUGAUUUUGAAGAGAGUCUUGUAGAAAUCUUUACAACAACUAAUUUUGAGACGUCCGUACAGGCGUAUUUUCUCCAGCUACACCAGUUCUACCCCAUUGUCCACCGCCCUACCUUUGACUGUGAGACGGCAUGCCUACCUCUUCUGCUGGCGAUCUUUCUUUUUAGAUCCCUGUGUUCUGCCCCUUCGGACUCUACUCUAUCAGCGCGCAAGGUGUUUGAUGUUGCGGAGGAGUACAUCUUCAACCAUCCUACAAUGCAACAACUGUACCACAGCAACAGCACUUGUGUGUCGCCUGAAGAGACAAUUGGCGUGCUUCAAGCGGCGUUCAUAAUUGAAGUCGUCCAGAACGGAACCAACAAUGUGGAAACAAGAAGACGCCUUAGAAUCAAAAGGCAUCCAUGGUAUAUCGCUGCAUUGAGAAGCUAUGGGCUGUUCCAAGUCUCUGGUAUACACAGCUCAGAUGACUCGAUUACCGGUCAAUCGAACUGCCCUCUCUUGACAUUGGGGGAAUUGAGUAUAAACUUUCCUUGUCGCAAUGAUAUCUUCAAAGCGGAGACAGCAGCUGAGUAUGAGCACUUGACAAUGUUUGAUUCUCCUGAGUUACGUUGGAAGACACCGUCGCAAUUGAUCAAAGACCUACUUCAGGAUACCUGGACCAAUUCAUCUCGCGGGCACGUCACGGCGAUGCAUUUGAUGGUUACAAUCUGCGCACUACAGUCUUUGGUGAUGACCUUGCGGUGUUCCUUGGUCUUGGAAGCAACAGGGGCUGCCAUUCUUCGCGCAGCAGAUAGGUGGGAAGAUCUUUGGCGCACAGUGACCGAAGGAAGCAAAACACGGACCAUGACAGGUCAGGGCUUCGUCGAGCACUCCGAUGAGUUGUGUUGGCUCGUCAGAACAUUAGUUCAGCAAGGACAAAUGAAAGUACCAGAUUGUCGCUACACACACAUUUUGCCUACGGACAACAUCAAGGACUUCCACGAUUUCUUGUGCAGGCACAAGAUCACAUAA